AUGUUACCUCCGCCUCUCAUUCUCUUCUUAGUAACCUUUUCAAUUCAAAUUUCCUCUUCCUCCGCCGCAGCUGCACCACCAAUUGGACACCAAUCCCACUUCACCAAACACAAUUAUCAUCUCAAAAAUGACAAAAAAUCAGAUUCAUACCCACAGUACUUUGAAAUAACACGCCCUCUGCCACUUGAUACUCUGAUACCGUCAUGCACACUCCCAGUCUUCUCCCACGUCUUCAACAACACCAUCGGCCUGCCGCCGGCCACAGCUUAUUAUUUCCCUCCGGCGAACUGCACUUGGUCCAACGUGACGCUCCACCUCAGCGUCGCCUCUAAUGUUUCCCGGUAUGAUCCAAUUGCCGGCGUGUGGCUUGACGGCGCUGAGAUCCUCCGCACUAGCACCGCCGAGUCCUCUGCGGAUGGCGUCUUCUGGAACGUUCGCAAGGACAUUACCAGGUAUUCCUCGCUCCUCCGUCGAGAAAACCUCACCCUGUCCAUCAUGCUCAAUAACGUCGUUAAUGAUAUCACUUCCGGCGUAUACCGGCUGAAACUUACCUUCUUGUACUAUGACACUCAUAGUAACGAAACCAACACCGACGACGUUAAUAUCCUCUCGUCUUCAUUUCCACUUUACCAAAAAUCAACUGUCAUGAAACGGGGAGAAAACCCAUUAAUAUCUUCGUCUAAUCGGGAGGAAAAAUCAUUGGAUUUAUAUGAAAAGCCUGCGGAUUUGAUAAUUCCAGUAUCUGGAAUUGGAGAUGAAGGGUUUUGGUUCAAAAUCGAGAAUGAUAACGACGUGAAGUCUGUGGGAAUUCAAAUUCCAUCAAAUACAUACAAGGCUGUGAUUGAGGUUUAUGUUUCAUUUCAUGGGAAUGACGAGUUUUGGUACUCCAAUCCCCCGGAUUCUUAUAUAGAACAGAACAAUUUGAAUACAAAGCAAGGCCAUGGCGCUUACAGGGAAGUUUUGGUGACCCUUGAUGAUAAUGUUGUUGGAUCAGUGAUCCCAUUCCCAGUGAUUUUCACAAGCGGGAUUAAUCCUCUGUUUUGGGAGCCAAUUGUUGCAAUUGGGGCGUUUGAUUUGCCUUCCUACGAUUUUGAGUUGACCCCAUUUUUGGGGAUGUUACUUGAUGGGAAGGUGCAUAGUUUCGGGCUUAAAGUGGCUGACGCUAUCUCGUUCUGGCUUGUGGAUGCGAAUCUGCAUUUAUGGUUGGAUGAUAAUUUGAAAGAAGUUCAGGCUAUGCCCAUUGAAUACAGUGUUCCAAGUAUUAAAUUAGAGCGAGAAUCGAAGUUCAACCAGCUUGAUGGAUCCUUCAAGGUUGAAGUGGAGAGUAAGAGUGAGUAUUCCGGGUGGGUGAAUUCGAGUAUGGGAAAUUUGACUACCUAUGUUAAUCAAGAGUUGAAUUUUGAGAACACAAUAAAGUUUGACAACAGUGGAACUGAGAAGGUUGUGAAGCAGGAAGUGAAGGUUAAAAUAGAAAUAAAAGUCAAGUCCAGUACAGGUAACUCAAUUUCAAGCACCACUGUGGAGAGGAAGUAUCCCCUGGAAAUCACUACUACAACUGUGGUUGGAUCAGCGAAGAAUACUUAUUUGAUGACCACAAAGCUUGAGCAUUCCUUGAAAGAGGAGAAGUCGGAUGACAAUUUUUCGAGCACUUUGUCUAACCGUCAAGAAUGCAGGGGGUGGGUGUUUGUCCGGGAUCAUGAUGUCCUCUCUGGUGCAGCAACUACUGAACAGAGCUACACUUACAAGGAUGAUAACAGUUGCUACUCUCAGAAACUUACAGCUGCCAAUGGCGUGCUUGGGAACAACACAUCAAGCCUCCUCUGUUCUUCGUCCUUGUGA